AUGCCGCAACUGGAAACCAUUCCAAAGUCGUAUAAGCUGGUCGACUCGAAGUUGAGGAGACCAGCAGCGAUCCAGCUCCAGUCAGACGACCUAGAAACCCCGUUUAGUUUUACAUUCGAGGCCGUCAGACCCAACGUAUUCCGGACGACUUUUAGUUCUGACUCGCACCCUCUACCACCAUACCCGUCAAUCCCGCAGCAGGAGAGAAAUUUAGACCAUGCCACUAUCAACUCGACCCGGCUGAGCGAGUCAAGUUGUUCCUUUGAGCUGGACGAUGUCAGAGCGUCGGUUGAUUGGAGCCACGCGCCCAUUGUAUCCUUGGGCUGGCUGGAGUCAAAAGAGAUUCUGCAUUCUGACCUCGCUUUUCGUUCCUAUGUCGUCGAUGGCCAGGGCGUCACGCACUAUGUCCAGCAUGACCGGAAAGCGCUUCAUGUGGGACUUGGAGAGAAAUCUGCCCCGAUGGAUCUCACGGCCCGGUACUUCCAGGUGUCUGCCACCGAUUGCUUUGGUUAUGAGGCUUAUGCCACGGAUCCCAUGUACAAGCAUAUGCCGCUGCUAAUCAAGGCCACUCCAAAUGGCUGCGUUGCCAUGGUCUCCACAAGUCAUAGCCGGGGAUCGUGGUCAGUUGGCUCAGAGAUCGAUGGUCUCUGGGGACACUUCAAGGUCUACAGGCAAGACUACGGCGGGCUGGAGGAGUACCUGAUAAUAGGACGCACUUUGAAGGAUGUGGUUCGAAGCUAUGCAGAACUGGCCGGCUUUCCACUCCUCGCGCCUCGCUGGGCGUACGGCUACCUCAGCGGCGGGUACCGAUAUACGAUGAUGGACGAUCCUCCCGCUUACCAGACGUUGCUCGACUUCGCCGAAAAGCUCAAGGAGCAUGACAUUCCCUGCUCCGCACACCAAAUGAGUUCGGGUUACUCCAUCGCCGAGACAGAACCCAGGGUGAGGAACGUAUUCACAUGGAAUAAGCACCGGUUCCCGGAGCCAGAAAAAUGGAUCGCGCAAUACCAUGCCCUCGGCAUUAGGCUGCUGACCAAUAUCAAGCCCUUUGUCCUCGCAUCGCAUCCGGAAUACCAGUAUCUGGCGAAGAACAGAGGUCUGUUCACGGACCACAGAAGUGGAAAGACUGCUGAAAUGCGUCUGUGGAGCGCUGGGGGAGGCGAAAGCGGCACCGGCAGCCACAUUGAUUUUACUUCAGCAGCAGCAUAUGAAUGGUGGGCUCGCGGAGUCGAGAAGUUGAAAGAACAAGGCAUUGAUGCCAUGUGGAAUGACAACAAUGAGUACACGUUGCCGAAUGACGAUUGGACCCUGGCACUGGAAACAUUUCCCAGAAGCAAAAACCCGGGAUCAGACAAAGUCGGACUCUGGGGGCGUGCCCUCCACACUGAACUGAUGGCCAAAGCUUCAUAUGAAGGUCUCCUCAGAGCAGAACCCGGCGUUCGUCCUUUUGUUUUGACGCGAAGCGCGAGCAUUGGAACUCUGCGGUAUGCGUGCAGUUCGUGGAGUGGUGACAAUAUGACAAGCUGGGGGAGCAUGAAAGCAGCGAAUGCGAUAUCUCUGACCGCCGGCGUCAGCUUGAUGCACUGCUACGGCCAUGACAUUGGUGGAUUCGAAGGGCCUCAGCCUUCUCCUGAACUUUUGCUUCGUUGGGUCCAACUUGGUUGCCACCAGAUCCGCUUCGCCAUCAACUGCUUCAAGACAUCUCCUCAAGACAACCAAGCUGGGGAAGUUAUUGAGCCGUGGAUGUAUCCGGAGAUCACGCCCAUGAUCAGAAAGGCAAUCAAGAGAAGAUACGAGAUCAUGCCCUACAUCUACUCACUUGGUCUGGAGAGCCACUUGACAGCAAGUCCGCCCCAGAGAUGGGUUGGCUGGGGCUAUGAGUCUGAUCCGGAGGUGUGGACGAAGCCACUGAAGUCCGGUGAAGAGCAAUAUUGGUUUGGAGACACGUUGCUGGUUGGUGGUGUGUAUCAGCCUGGAGUUGAUAUGGCCAGAAUGUACCUUCCUCGCCGCGCUGAAGAAAGAUUCGACUAUGGCUAUGUCAACCUCAAUGCGCCCUAUGAAUACCGUGCAUCUGGCCAGUGGGUGUCCGUAUCAUCCCCAUGGCGGGAGAGCAUCCCGAUCUUCGCCAAAAUUGGUGGAGCAAUUCCCGUAGGAAAGAAUGUGCAGACACGGAUGCCUGGGGAUACCAAGGCAGAAUGCAAAGCUCUCCCCGAGGACGACUACCGGGGCGUCGAGAUCUUCCCUCCCAAGGGCAGCUCGCACGGGAGAACCUUCACCACAACCUGGUACGAGGACGACGGCCUCUCGCUCCAUCCGAAUAUCUCAUCCUUCACAGUGUCGUACAGCUCAACCGAAGAAAAGGUGACAGUUGCCCUUGCUGUUGGUGCAGACAACCUCUUCAUCCCUCCGUGGAAGGAGGUGGUGUUCAUCUUGCCACGUGGAGACGAGAGAUAUAUCGAGUCGGCUAGUGGAGCCACAAUGGAGCCGGUUGAGUCGCAAGAUUGCAAGAGGGUGCGCUACACAAUGCAAGUUCGCGGUCCAAGAGGUCAAGAUGGGGAAAUUGUGUGCAAUGGAUAUCAUCAGUAG